CGGGAUUUGAACGAGAAGUGAAAAUUGAAAAUGGCAGGAUUUUCUUUUGGUGGUAAUUCUGCCCAAAAGCCGGCUCUCGGUGGGUUAGGGACCACAGGUGGAACAGGAGGAUUUUCAUUGGGAGGAACAAGUACUACAACAACGGCUAGUACAGGGUUUACUCUGUCGACACCUGCAACAUCUGCUACAGGAGGGUUUUCAUUUUCAACACCAGCCACAUCAACAGGAGGAUUCUCUCUGUCUACCCCUGCCACAAGCGCAACAACAGGUUUCCAGCUUGGUUCAUUAGGAGCUAAAACCACGGCAGGAUUAACUUUAGGUACAGCCACAUCCACUCCUGCAACAGGCUUUGGAGCAAGUACAGUUGGCCUAGGUGCAGCAGCCCCCGCAAGCACUGGCGGUUUAACAUUAGGUGCCCCAGCAGCAUCAGGAUUCAGUUUUGGUAAGACAACAACUGCCGCUACUACUGCCUCAACACUUGGUGGACUCCUUGCCAAUAAACCUACACUUGGUGGUCUGGGAUCGACAACCACCACCAGUGGGACCCUAUCACUAGGGGGGUUAGGUCAGACAUCCACUGCAGGGGGGCUUGCGCUAGGAGGCGGGUUAGCCCUAGGAGGAGGUCUGGGCCAGCCUGCUACUUUAACUGCAGCUGCCCCAAGUAAAGGCCUUGGAGGUGUUGAUCUCAAAGGGGCAGCACCAGGGGGCACCACCAACACUAAUAGUGGCAAGCCUAGUGAUAACCGAGCGAUUAAAGAGACAUCACUCCCAAAUGAUAUUGUUGUAACUGUUGAAAAUUUUAAAAAAAAUGUUAAAGAACAGAAAUCUGUUCGAGAAGACAUUAGUCGUAUAUCAUCAAAACCUUUGGUUAAAGUCCAAGAGGAAAUCCUGACCCUGAAGAAUCUUCUGUCUGUUGUAUCUAAUGGUUUACAAAGGAACGCAUCUGCAAUAGAAAAAUUAAAAGCUGAAUCGGCACAAGAGUUGAAAAAUGCAGAGAUCGCUCAAAGGACUAAAGACACUCCACCUGGACUGCAAUAUGAAAACACUGCACCUAUAAUAUAUUUCCAACGUCUAGUGGCAGAUUUUGAGAGCCAGAUGUUACUAUAUAGACAGCAGAUUGAGGAAAUGGAACGCAAUAUAGUCUCACUGAACCAACCAAGUCCUCUAACACCUCAAGAACUGUCGUCAUUGUUGCGGAAGCUACAUGAAACAUUUAUAGCAUUGGCUGCUCAGCUGCACACUGUCCAUGAAGUUGUUAAAUCCCAGAAAGAGCAAUACUUAAACUACAGAAGGGCAUACCAUGGAGACACUACUAAUAUUUUUGAAAAUCGCAAGAAAACUGCACAAAAGACAGGAUCCACAAGCAGGGUGUCUACAUCUCUGGGUCCAACCCCAUUUACAGGAAUGUCAAAUGCUGCAGCAGUUGCCAUGGCAGCAGCCUUGAAUCGUCCCCAGCAACCAACAGCAGCCACUGGUCUUGGAGCUGGAACAUUAGGUCAACCUGCAGGAUUGGGGCAAGCCACUGGUCUGGGCCAAACUGGAUUUGGAAUAGGAACUGGACUUGGUGCUGGCUUGGGAACCAGCACAGGCCUCGGGACCACCACAGGCUUUGGGGGCCUUGGUAAAUCUACAUUUGGAACUGGCACCACUGGCCUCGGGGCUUCAACGACUGGCUUUGGGCUUGGUUCAACCUUAGGAGGCACCAGUGCACCAACAACUGGUUUUGGUGCUGGAACAACUACACUUGGAACUGGUACAGGUUUUGGAAUUGGUACAUUUGGAACACCUGCUACCCAGCAACAGACAACUGGGGGUUUUGGGUCAAGUUUUACAUUUGGCAACACAGCUGCGGUGAAACCAUUAGGUUUAGGCGCCUCGACUCAACAAACAACAGGACUAGGGGCCCCUCAGGCAACAGGAUUCGGGGCAACGGCUCUGGGCACCCCCAUGCCCAGUGGGGGAGAGGCUUCAGGAUUCCAGCUCCAGAAACCACCCAUAGGCAACAAACGUGGCAAAAAGUUUUAGAACAAUUUUAAACUUGAGAUAUUAUUUUUGGAAUUUGAGAAUAUUUAAAGAAAAUUGAUCUUAUUGAUAAUGAAAUAAAUGUGACGGGUAUUUGAGACAUUUUUAUAACAAAAAAAGUUGUACAUAAUAUUAAUUUGCCAGUAAUAUAUACAACAAAAUGACUGUUACAGUAUAUCAGUCUGAUGUAUACUGCUUCAAAUUAGAUUGAAUAUUAAACCUGGGUCAGUGCCUUAGACUGUCCGGAUUCUUACCUUGAAGAUGAGGCAGAAAUUCACCUGCACCUCAUACAAAGAUCAAUGGCUUUAUUUUAACAGGACAUUCAAUAACUACCAAGUAAAAUGCUGAACAUUUUUAUUCUCCAUAUUUCCUUUUCAAUAUGUUUUGAUAUUGUGACAGUGUCUAUUUUUUAACUGACACUGGUCAGAAUGUCAGUAUUUUCCGUUUAAUGUUUUAAUAUUUUGACAGUGUCCACUGUCCAGUCAUCAGUAUUGAUAGACAGACUGUUUGUCUUUUGUCAGACACUAUUCGUGAUAUUGGAACUAAAAAUACAUCUAAUUAUCAGUACUUAUCGAAU